AUGUCAGCUGAGUCAGAAAAUACUGCCUCUGGGCCAGUGGGCGUGUCCGAGCAGUUGGAACGCACCCAUCUUGCAGACCACUCCCACACGGAAGAUGAGAUAGACGAAGAUGACAAAGACAAAGACGAGGACGGAGACGAGGACGAAGAGACUGGUGCGGUUCAGUACCAGGGCACGGUGAUCCCAGACGAUAACCAACAGGAAAUAGACGCUGAUCAGAAUUUGACAGACGGGUUGGACCCGGAAACUACAUUCAUCGACUUGGUCCACUUGAAGAUAACGUCGUUAGAGGACCUCGACCUUGCCAGAUUUCGCAAAUUGGAGUCGCUUUGCUUGAGACAGAACUUGAUCUCGUCGAUGGUGGGCGUGCGAGAACUUUCGCCAACGUUGGAAGAGUUGGAUUUCUACGAUAAUCGCAUCAAUCACAUUUCAAGCUCGAUCCAGCAUCUCGCCAAUUUGAAAAACUUGGACUUGUCUUUCAACAAGAUCAAGAAUAUCAAAAACUUGGAGGCCCUAGUCAAGUUGGAGAACUUGUAUUUUGUUGCCAACAAGAUUAGAGAAAUCAAAAACUUGGAAACGUUGACUAAAGUGACCAAUUUGGAGCUUGGUAGCAACAAGAUUGAAGUGAUUGAAAACAUUGACAAGCUCGUCGACUUGGCCCAGCUCUGGCUAGGUAAAAAUAGGAUCCGUAAAUUGCAAAACUUGGAUACCUUGGUGAACUUGCGGGUUCUUUCAAUCCAGUCGAAUAGAAUAACAAAGAUGGAAGGGUUGGAGCACUUGGUCAGUCUAGAGGAGUUGUACUUGUCGCACAACGGCAUACAAAAGUUGGAAGGUUUGCAAAACAAUCUCAACCUCCAAGUGCUUGAUGUGACUUCAAAUAAACUAACCGAGCUCUCUGGCUUGAAGCACUUGACGAAGCUCACUGAUUUUUGGUGUUCGUACAAUCAAAUAUCGAGUUUUGAAAACGUGGGCGAGCAGUUGGGGAAAUUGCCCGAUCUCGAAUGCGUUUAUUUCGAAGGUAAUCCUAUACAAACGGAGAACCCCACUGCGUAUAGGAGAAAAUUGAAGCUAUACUUGGGUCCCUCCAUCAACAAAAUAGACGCAACUUACUUGCGUUCUUGA